CAAAGCUGUGUUUUGCUGUCAUAAACCUGUAAAGUGUUUUUUUCUGUGAAGGUUGAGGGUUCACUGGGGGGGCGAUGAUGGAGACACAGGUGAAUUCCUCUCAGGUCUUGUACAUCACUCUGGCAGCCUAUUCUGAGCGCACACACAUUAGCUACAUCAUCUUUCUGUUGAUCCUCUGUCUGUAUGUGUUGAUCAUUGUCUCCAACCUGCUGUUGAUUGUUGUCAUCUGUAUGAACAGGAGUCUACAUGAACCUAUGUACCUGUUCCUGUGCAGCCUGUUUAUGAAUGAACUGUAUGGAGCCACAGCUUUGUUUCCAUUUCUGCUGCUCCACCUCCUCUCUGACCUUCACCUGGUCUAUGUUCCUCUCUGCUUCCUGCAGAUUUUUUCCAUCUACGUUUACGGCAGUGUUGAGUUCACUAACUUGGCCAUCAUGUCGUACGACCGUUACCUGGCCAUCUGUCACCCCCUACAGUAUAACACACUCAUGACUCGCAGAAAAGUCAUCCUCCUGGUUGCAGGGAUAUGGUUUCCACCUGCUGCAGCCGUGUUGGUGACGACGUGUCUGACGUCGUCUCUGCGCCUCUGCAGAGAUGUGAUUGAAAAGGUGUACUGUGACAAUUACACGGUCAUUAAACUGUCCUGCGGUGACACUAGGGUCAAUAAUGUUUAUGAGCUGAUUGCGUGUUUGUUCACUGUCUUUGCUCCCAUGUCCGUCAUUGUCUUCUCUUACGUAAAGAUUUUUAAAGUCUGUUUCUCUGGCAGUAAACAGAGCAGACAGAAGGCUCUCAGCACCUGCUCUCCUCAGCUGGCCUCACUCAUCAACUUCUCCUUUGGAGUUUGUUUUGAAGUGUUCCAAAGCAGGUUUGACAUGAGCAAUGUCCCUAAUAUUCUGAGAGUGUUCUUGUCUUCAUAUUUCCUCACCUGUCAGCCACUGUUCAACCCUGUGAUGUAUGGACUCAUACUGCCCAAAAUACGUCACCUGUGUAAACACAUGCUGCUCAGGAAGUGUGGGACAGUCGGUGGGUUCAAACAGGUCCUGUAACAGUCACACAACAGUAUUUAACUACUGAUGCUUUCAGCCUUCCAUUAGUGCAAUAACGAACAAUCUUUAAAUAAAUAAAUUACAUAAUCGAAUCGUGGAUGAAUCAACUGCAUGUUAGAAGUUUUAAUUAUUGUAUUUGAUUGUACUUUGUUAUAUUUGUUGCUUUGACAGCACAGACGUAGCUCAGCUCCCUGCUCGUGGACUUUAUUCCCAUAUGGUUAAAGGUCAUAUUUAAAAUCAUAAAUUGAAACUUACUUUAAGGUAAUGCUUUAAUUGUAAAUUUAUACCAACAUUUUAAAAUAUUUUAUAAAUGACUCUGUUAGAUAACAUUCAUAUACUGUAAGUACUGACUUUUCUAUUUUCUUUUUCUUUUUUAACAAAGCGUUUUGACCUGAUCUGACCACCAGAGGCUGCUCAUUAUCUCUUUAAAACUCAUUUAAACAAGUCACCCUAAUUUUAUUGGCCAUCAGAAGAUUAUAAAGAUGUUUAAAUAAUGAACUCAAUCUGUGUUUGGGCCAUUUUAAGAUUAAUCUCGACGGUAUGUGUGGAAAGAAACAAUAUACUAACACUCUCUCUCUCUUUCUCUAUCUCUUUUUUAAACGUAUAAAUUGUGUAUAUUGUAUAUAUGUCAUAUUGUUGAAUAUUAAUUAUUUUAUAAGUAUCUAGUAUAUACAGAUAUUUUGGUGUGUGUGUGUGUUUACACCAAAUAUUAUUAAUUAGACAUUAAAAGCAACAUUGCUUCAGUUCACGAGGCAUUUGACAUAGUAUUGUUGAGAUAGUUUAUUAAGUAAAGAGAAGAAUCAAAGUUGUCAGUGGUCGUUUUUGCUGCCGGAAAUCCACAUACAAAUUUGUCUUUGUCUCCAUCUGUUGGUCAUGAGAAAGACUUGUAACCGUAUUUGUAAUUCAUAAUAAUUCACAAUAGCAUUUACACCUCUGGCCAGUGAGUAAUGAAUGUAGUCAUUCCUUCACAUAUGGACACAUUGUAAUGCAUUAUUUUAAAAUGCUACUAAUCCUAUAAAACUGUUUUUCUACAAAAUGUCUCUUCCCCCAAGACAAUACAAUUAUAAGUCAGUACUUUUUGUUUCAUGUUGACACAAUCUUUUUUUAAUUCAAAGAAAUAAUAAAUAGUUUGUAUAAGGUGUCCCUUCCCUUCCUUAUGGGAUAACAUAGUUCAUUAAACAACAGAUACAUUUUUAGUGUUUUAUUUAAUGGAUCAUUUUUAAGUCGUUCUAGUUUCUUCUUUCUGUAUUA